CUCCGCAAAUUCGUCAGUAUACCGAAGUACAUAAAUAAACAUUAGAUAUACAAUAUUUUUUGUAAGUUUCUUGUGUCUGUUUAUUUCCAAAGUUGCUGACAAACAAACAGCGAAGCUGAGAUCCAUUGUUAGUUUUGGCAAACGCAACGGGUGGCUGUUGAGUAGCUGAUAACGCACUGCAAUUGGCAUGCGGCUGGCGCAGCUGCUGCGCAGUGGGCAGUAAGUCAUUACGACAAUGAGUGCCGAUCGAAGCAGAAGCAGCGGGAGCAGCAGGAGUAGCAGCCAUGUGAGCUGCACGAUUUGCUCGGAGCGGUAUAAGGCGUCAGAUCAAAUCUAUGGUGGCAGCUGUGGUCAUGUGUUCCACUGGCAUUGUCUGCAGCGCUGGUGGAAGGAGUCCAACAGCUGCCCCGUUUGCCGCAGCAGGUGCCAAGAGUUCUUUCAGCUGUAUUUAAGCUUUGAGGAGGCAGAGCCAAGCCAAAGUCAAAGUCAAGGCCACAGCCAAAGUCAAAGUCACACUCAAAGCCACAGUCAGAGCCAGGGUGCGGGAGGGAGCAGCUCACCAGAUGACUUGACCAAGGAAUUUCAGAAUUUGCUUUAUGAAACGGACUUGUACAAGGAUGAGAUCAACUAUUUAAACGAGCAAAUUAAGUUCCUAAAAAUUAAGUUAGCACUAAAUAGGUCUAAUUCAAGUGACUCAGAAUAAUUAUGUACAUAUCAUAUAUGUAUAAGUAUGCAAUAAA